AUGGAUUUUGGGGAUAAAGAUACUCAUAGAAUGCUGAUGCUAUACAUUCACGAUCAUAUGAGAAAAAAUAACAUGCAUGAGGCUGCUAAGAUAUUUGCAGAAGAGGCAAAUCUUGAGCUAAACCCGGUGAUCGAUGCUCCUCAAGGCUUUCUAGCUGAAUGGUGGGAAGUGUUUUGGAACAAGUACUUCUCCAUCUAUUCCAACAUUCCAGGAUGCGAGGAUAUUUCGAGGGAUGCCUCGACACUGCAUACGUCCUUUGUACUGCCCACUCCUGGAUUCUCUAAAGGAAUGACUGCUGGGACCCUGCUACAAAACAUCUUCCCCAGGUUUACAUCUAUCAGCACCAUGAGCCAGCAACUAGUUGGCAAUACUUCUCAUUGCAAGGGAAAGGAUUCCGUAAUGGAACCUAGUCCUUCUGUAUUUGUGCCAACUCCUGGAAUAGAUGGACCAUGGUUCGAAAACUCAAUGCCUAAUGUAUCCGGUACCAGCCACCAACAGCAACAAGCUUCUACGCAGUCCUCAUUGCUGGUUUCAGGGGUUGCUAGCAAUCAAAAUUCUGAGGGAAGAUUUAGCAGCCAGAUGGAGCCAACUCUGCAAGUACCAGGUCUAAAUUCUCCGUCAACAGGGUCAAGAAAUCCCAGUGCUGGUGCAUUUGAUUUUUUCAAAUACUAUUUUCACGAUUAA